AUUGUUUCCCUCUCAUCUUUGAACACUUUGUGAACGAACCUAUCUCCCUUUGUCACAGUCAAUCUCGCUGACCAGUUCAUGCUCAUAGACCCAUCUCAUUUCACCCAUUAGAAUAUUCGUUGCUAUUGAGUACACCAAUCCUAAGCAUCACAAAACCUCAAAUCGAUAGCAAAGAUGGGCAAACCAUCGAUUGCAUUGAUCUCUAGCAUCUUGCUCUUUUGCUUGCAUUUCACUCAACAAGAACUACCUCCCAGUUCACCUAGGAAAUCUAUCAACUUUGGUCCCAAUGACCUCUCUGAGCAUCACCUCCACACCUCUAUCUUCUCUACAGUCUCCCAAUCUGAUCGCGCCCACGCCGAUCGACUUACCAACUUGAUCUCUUUCAAUUCUGGUCCCCUCGUUUCUCAGUUUGCUCGCUCUGCUGCCAGCUUUUCAAAGUCGAAAGAAGUCAAUGACCUCAAGCAACUUGGAAUUCAGAUCGCCUCGGAAUUUAUCUCGCACACGCAUCCGUCUCUCACUUUCAAACUCACCUCGGCUUACAUUUCGAAGCACACCAAUGUUCUUCAUUGUCACUUUGUUCAAACGCUUCCUAUUGGCCCGGAUAAUGAGUUUGGUUCGGUCUCGAACGCGCUAGCCAACUUCAACCUCGAUGUCAAUCCCCGCUCCAAGACAUUUGGUCAUAUUUUGAGUUAUUCGGACUCUUUCCAUCCAGUUGAUUCGGCUCAGCACCACGUUGACCCUGAACACGGCCGACCGAUCAACAUCCAUCAUUACACCACUCUCAUUGCUGAGAAGAGUACCAAGAACCGGGGCUCUAAACCUUGUGAAGAACUUCGCCAAAAAUUCGCUCGCGCUAUGGACACCGCUUCGCACGAGUCCCUCAGUUUCUCCGAUAAAUCGCAACAAGUCUUCAAUGUGAUGUCUUCGCCUACAUCAAAGCGCCUUCUCGCGCAGUUCAGUGAAAGCGAAUUGGUUGAGAUCGCCGAGUGCCAUUUAUCAGACGAGCUCCCUACUGACAGCCACUUGAGUGAUAGCUCACAUCGCGCCGCGGCUUCCAGCGUGGUCGACCCUCGAUUGGCCCUCAUCAGUUUUUUAACUAUGGCUGCCGAUAAAGCUACCGAAACUCAUCUUCGUUCCAUGUCAAUUGACGACCUAGUAAACUCUAUCGAAAUCUCGGCUCCGAGCCAUUUCAAAAGUGGCCCCAACACGCACGCAGUACAUCUUUUGAACGCUCCUGGAGCCCUUUCAUCGGAUGAACCCACUAGUGCUGAGUUGGCUUGGCUCAGCGUUGACCAUCCCCAUGUCAAUGAUGCUCGCGAAUUGCAAUUGGUCUGGCGCUUUGAAUACCGAAGUAAGGACAACUGGUACGAAAGCUACGUCGACGCAACUCGUCCCGGAUUAAUCCCCAUGGUUGUAGAUUGGGUUAAAGACUUUCGACCUACUUCUGACACAGCCGAGACGUACGCCGAACACUUGACAAUGUCUGCAGCAAUCGUCAAACAAUUCCAAGACCGACCUGCGCAUACCAUCAGGGCACCGCUCACCAAUUUGGCUAAUGCUCCUGCUGCCUCUGUCGCCGAAGCUCGUCCGGCCACUUACCGAGUAUUCCCUUGGUCAGUAAAUGAUCCGACUGAAGCCAAGCGCAAAGUGGUCGAAGACCCCUCAGACAGUUUUGCUUCCCCAAUGGGAUGGCAUUCUAUCCCAACUCCUGACCACGUCAACGCCCAGGAUAUCAGCCGUCUCACCUCUGGGUGGUCAACACUGAUCAAGCAUCACGGGCUCGUGGCCACUGAUACCCGAGGGAACAAUGUCUUUGCGCAAGAAAACUGGGAAGGCCUUGACAACUGGGAGGCAAAUUAUCGUCCCAAUGGGACUGAUGACCUAUGUUUUGAAUUCCACUUGGGAUGGAACAAGACUUCUCACGCCGAUGAGCACGGUCAUAUCGAACCGAAGACUUAUAUUGAUGCAGCAGUCAGUGAAUUAUUCUAUACCUGUAACAAAUUCCAUGACUUGACACAUCGAUAUGGCUUCGACGAAGAAUCCGGUAACUUUCAAGAGCACAACUUUGGUCGUGGUGGCAGAGGUGGAGAUGCAGUCAUUGCGAAUGCGCAAGAUGGUUCAGGCUAUAAUAAUGCGAAUUUCGCCACACCACCUGAUGGGAGACGCGGUCAGAUGCGCAUGUACAUCUGGAAUGGAGCCGAACCAUGGAGAGAUGGUGACCUUGAGGCUGGUAUCGUAAUUCAUGAAUAUUCGCACGGUGUCAGUACCCGAUUGACAGGUGGUCCUGCUAAUAGUGGAUGCUUGGGCUGGGGUGAGGCUGGCGGUAUGGGUGAAGGAUGGGGUGAUGCUUUGGCGACUCUCAUCAGGAUGCACGAGGCCGAACCCGUCGACUUCACCAUGGGUGAAUGGGCUAGCGGUGUCAAGGGGGGUAUCAGGAAAUACAAAUAUUCCCUGAACAGUACUGUCAAUCCUGAAACCUACAAGACUCUUGACAAACCCGGCUAUUGGGGAGUUCAUGCGAUUGGUGAGGUAUGGUGCGAGAUGUUGUUUACCUUGGCAGAGGCUUUGAUUGAGAAACACGGAUUUGAAUCGAACUUGUUCCCCAACGACGAGCCCAGCAGUGACUUUUUCAAGCCAUCGCACAAGACCGGAGAACGAGUCGUGCCUCGCCGCGGUAAUACGCUUUUCUUCCAAUUGGUUCUCGAUGGGAUGAAAAUUCAAAGAUGUCGUCCAACUUUCAUGAAUGCGAGAGACUCCAUCAUUGAAGCUGACGAGGUCUUGACCGGCGGAGAAAACAAAUGUGUGAUCUGGAAGAGUUUUGCCAAACGAGGACUAGGCAAAUCGGCCAGUGUGGUGGGUGGAACUCCAUGGGGUGGCGGAAUCCGUAAAGAAGAUUAUUCGGUCCCUGUCGGAGUGUGCUAAAGACUUUUCUGACUUGUCUUGAAUGGUUUCAUUCUAAGACUGCUCUCUUUACUGCCCCGUAUUUCCUUCGCUUAUCGUCUCUGCCUGUGUAGUUUUAGACUUUGUAAGUAGAUGUGCGUGUGAAAAAGGAUGCUUCAGAGUUUAGUGAUGUACGUUGUGUGCAUUCAUAGCAUCUCUUUCCUUCCGCUUCAGUAUUUUUUUCUACUAUUUUCUCUUUGUAAGUUGUUAGGAAUGCAAGUUGUUGUCACAGUAGAAGUAUCAACCAGUUGAUUGAGAAUAUUGUUGAGUGAUUGGUCCUGC